CAAAUUGAGGCAUGCAUGUGCUUAUGCGCACUUUACGCUUUCGAGCUCGUCGAUUAUCACAUCAUUCAAUUCCACAAGCUCGUUCAAGCGAUAUCAGCUCUAUUCCAUUCGAUCCCGAAAGGACCAACCAUGAAGUCGAUCACUGUCAUUUGUUUCCUGGCUCUGUGCACCGUGGCCAUCACUAGUGCCUACCCACAGGAACCGGUGCUGGCGGACGAAGCUCGCCCUUUUGCAAACUCUCUUUUCGAUGAACUGCCGGAGGAAACCUAUCAGGCCGCCGUGGAGAACUUCCGUCUGAAACGGGCCACCUGUGAUCUGCUGAGUGGAUUCGGCGUUGGUGAUAGUGCUUGUGCUGCUCAUUGCAUUGCCCGUGGCAAUCGGGGAGGUUACUGCAACUCCAAGAAGGUGUGCGUCUGUCGGAAUUGAACAAUUUGAGUUCAUUUCUGCAACUGUUAGAUGCUCUAUAAAAUGUUCCUUUUAAAUAAAAAUAAUGCAUAAUUUUGUUAAAUGGUAUA